UUUAUGUUAUAUGCAUAUUUUUCAGGAUCCGUCCACAGAUCUCGAGAGAGAUCAUUGAUAUGUGCCAUGUCUGCACUUCGGUUACACCACGAGAGCCACAGGUGUGGUUGGGAAAAGAUAAAGCCUUUACUUACGACAAUGUAUUUGAUAUGCCAUCCAAUCAAGAAGAUGUUUACGAUACUUGUGUUAAACCGUUAGUGGAAGGAUGCUUUGAUGGUUAUAAUGCAACAGUCUUGGCCUAUGGUCAGACAGGAUCUGGUAAAACAUAUACCAUGGGUACUGGUUUUGACAUUGCACUUGGAGUGCAAGAAAGAGGAAUUAUUCCUAGAGCAGUGGAACAUUUAUUUGACGGCAUUGUUAGAAGACAAAAAGAAGCUAGAGAAAAAGGAGAAAUACCACCAGAAUUUAAAGUGAAUGCUCAAUUUAUGGAGCUUUAUAAUGAAGAAAUAUUUGAUUUAUUGGAUCCAGCACGAGAAUUAGAUGAAAGGGGGAAAAAAACACAUAUUAAAAUUCAUGAAGAUGCUAGAGGUGGCAUUUAUACAGUUGGUGUAACCACAAGAACAGUUAUGUCAGUUGAAGAGACUCUUCAAUGUUUAAAAGUUGGAGCUUUAUCUAGAACAACUGCUAGUACUCAAAUGAAUGCUCAGUCAUCACGUUCUCAUGCUAUAUUUACUUUACAUAUUAAACAACAAAGAAUUGUUAAAUUAAAGAAUGGAGGACAUAUGGUAAUAGAAGAUUUAGAAGAAGAUGAAGGUGUUGAUGGAGUAGAUGAACCUCUAAAUGAAUUUGAAACACUUACAGCAAAAUUUCAUUUUGUUGAUUUGGCGGGAUCUGAACGAUUAAAACGAACAGGGGCAACUGGAGAAAGAGCAAAAGAAGGCAUUUCUAUCAAUUGUGGUUUGGUAAUUAGCAUUGACAAACCAUACAUAGAAACUUUAGCCAACAUGUACAGAGAAGCAAAAGCUAAAGUGAAAAUUUAUGAUGACACUCCAGAAUUUCCCACAACCAAAGGCAUUCGACCAGGAGACUCGAUAUCACCCAAGCUCUUCACGGCAACCCUAGAAAAUGUAUUCCGUAAAAUAGAUUGGAGGAAUAAAGCUGUAAAUAAAUCUUUUGCGUUAUUUCUUUUCAGUCGAACUUUGAUGAUUGCUUGUGUGUCACCGUCAGAUCGUGAUUUUAUGGAAACUUUAAAUACUUUAAAAUAUGCCAAUCGUGCCAAGAAUAUUAAAAAUAGAGUCAUGAUUAAUCAGGAUAAAACAAGUCAAACAAUUGGAGCUUUAAGAAGAGAAAUACAAAUGUUACAAUUAGAAUUAAUGGAGUAUAAACAAGGUAAACGAAUAGUUGGAGAAGAUGGAACAGAACAAAUAAAUGAUAUGUUUCAUGAAAAUACUAUGCUACAAACAGAAAAUAAUAAUCUACGAACAAGAAUCAAAGCUCUCCAAGAAACAGUAGAACGCUUGACAAUCAGAAAUACACAACUACUUGCUGAGAAAGCAUCUGGUUCAUGGAUAACAUCAGAUGCAGAAUCCAAAUCUGAUAUUACAGAAAUGAUUCAGAACUAUUUAAAAGAAAUUGAAGAAUUAAGAGCUCGCCUUAUGGAAUCUGAAGAAGUGUGUGCGCAAUUGAGAAAACAAGUACAAAGGUCAUAUUCUAGACUAUCGUUAAGUCCAUCUUCUACAGCAGUAGCAGUAACUGGCCAUUAUGAUAUUAGAAUGGAUACAGAAUCUCCUUCAGUAUACGAAUUAAUUGAAGAAGCAAAACGAGAUGUUAGAAAAAUGAAAAAGAAAACUAAAACGUUAAAAGAAAAUAUUGAUAAAGAAGGAAAAGAACAAGAACAUGAAGAAGAUAAUAAACAAGAUGAUGCAUCACAAAAAACUGAAGAUGAUGCAAUGGAAACUUCAAUCACUGAGAAAAAUUUAGAUAAAAGUGCAGAAAAUCAAUCAGAAGAAAAAGUUAAAAAAGUAAAAGAAGAUUUUGAGAAAAAACUUAAUUUAUUGCAAAAAGAAUUAAAGAAAAUGCAAACUGCAAAGAAGGAACAUGCAAAAUUAAUGAAAAAUCAAGUUCAAUAUGAACGCCAACUAAGACAAUUAAAACAAGAAGUAACAGAUAUGAAACAAGCAAAAGUACGAUUAAUGAACAAAAUGAAAGAAGAAGCACAAAGACAUAAAACAUCAGAACAAUUGAGAAAUAGAGAAAUUGCUCAACUUAAAAAAGAAAGCAGAAAAAGAGAAAAUCAAAUUCGUACACUAGAAGCAGAAAAACGUAUGAAAGAAAAUGUGUUAAGAAGAAAACAAGAAGAAGUAGCUGCACUUCGUAGAAUGUCAAAACCUAUGUCAGAUAAAGUAGCCGGAAGAUUACCAGCUAGCAAACGUCAUGAAAAGCACACUGUUAUAGAACAACAUUACUAUGAUGUGCAUAAAAGUUAUAGUAUUUUGCAUAUUAUUAACUUUCAGAUUAACAAGCUAGUACUUAACAAACAAAGUAUAUACAAUGUUGAAAGAGAUAUGGAAAGAUGGCUGCAUGAAAGAGAAAAAUUAAGCCAUUGCUUAGAUAGGCUAAUGAAAAAAAAGGAUCGUGCACUUUUGGAGAAAAAGGAUGAAGCUUCUCUUAGAGAUUUAGAAGAUCAAGUAGAAAAUUUGAAAGCCAAUAUUGAUUAUAUUCAAGAAAAUAUAUCAGAAUGUCAAAGUAGUAUUGUUCAAAUGGAAGAAACAAAGGAUGAUAUGGAUGGUUUGGAUGUUAACAAUCUAAUAUCAAACAUGCAACUUGAAGAAUGCAAAUACUUAUUAGAAAAACUUCUGCAUAUGUCUAUUAAUCAGAGCUUCCAAGUUACCCAGAAAGAUACUAAUAUCAAAGAAUUAGAAGUUAAAUUGAAGCAAGUUAUAGAAAGUAAUUCUGUCCAACAGCAGUUAUUACAACAUGUAUUACAUCAAGCAAAUGAAGAUCUGUAUAAUUUUGUUAUGACAACUGUUGAUCAUGAACAAGCAGAGAGUAUGGCCAGUUCCAGGUCUACAUCUCCUAUAGAUACGAGCAGUGCAGCCGAUUCUCUUCCUCCGACGGCAACCGACGUGACAAAUCGAAGAGACAAAGCAAGGAAGAAAGCUGCUACUCCUGAAGAUCUUUUAUUUGCUGGCAGAACUCAAAGCAAAUCAUUAAUGUCGCCUAGUCCUGUAAUAACUACUCCAAUAGAAGAAAAAUCUAUGAUUGAAUUUCAUACUCCUAUUAGACAGACAAUAGAAGGACCUAGAGUCAAAAGUUUGUCCAGUUCUUUAAAAGAACUGUCUACAAAAUCUAAACUUGAGACUUCUCCUUCACUGAGACGAAAAGCAAGAGAAAAAGUAUUUGGUCAGGACACGUCUCCUUCUUUACUUCGUAAACAUACUGGUUUUUUUACUCCUCCUUCUAUCUCCAGACAGAAUUCCAUGGCAAGGAAGAAAGCUGCUACUCCUGAAGAUCUUUUAUUUGCUGGCAGAACUCAAAGCAAAUCAUUAAUGUCGCCUAGUCCUGUAAUAACUACUCCAAUAGAAGAAAAAUCUAUGAUUGAAUUUCAUACUCCUAUUAGACAGACAAUAGAAGGACCUAGAGUCAAAAGUUUGUCCAGUUCUUUAAAAAUAAAUUUAUCUAGGGGUUAUAUUCUUCCAAUAACUGGACGUGUUGUCCAAGCAAAACAUAGUCCAUUAGUUUGUACCCACAUUGCAGAAGGUCACGGUAAAGCUGUCCUAUCGGUGACGGCUACCGAUGAUGUGCUGUUCAGUAGUUCUAAGGAUCGAACUGUUAAAAUAUGGGAUUUGCAUACUGGACAAGAAAUUCAAAGUUUAGCAGGACAUCCAAAUAAUGUUAUAACUGUGAAAUAUUGUGAAUACACGAGACUUGCAUUUAGUGUUUCAACUGCUUAUGUAAAAGUAUGGGAUGUUAGAGAAAAUCCAUCCAAAUGUAUAAAAACUCUUUGUUCUUCUGGUUUGACAAAUAAUGGACCAGUGGUAACGAAUACAUCAUCCAGAACUAUACAGUUGCCACAAGGAGAAACACAGAUUAAUGAUAUAGCUUUGAAUCAUUACGGAACAACUCUCUUUACUGCGGCUGGAAAUAUUGUUAGAUUUUGGGAUUUACGAAUGUUUCAUAGUAUUGGCAAAUUAAGUGGAGGACAUCAAUCUGCUGUCAUGUGUUUAGCUGUUGAUGAAUUAGGAGUGGAUAAUAAUUUAGUUAUAACAGGAUCAAAAGAUCAUUACAUAAAGGUUUUUGAAGUUAUGGAAGGAGUAGGUGGAAUUCACACUCCUAGAAUGAAUUUAGAGCCUCCCCAUUAUGAUGGUAUCCAAUCCCUUGCUAUCAAAGGAGAUUAUUUGUUCUCUGGAUCACGGGAUAUGUGUAUUAAAAAAUGGGAUUUGGCUAAUAGGUGCCUUGUUCAGUCACUCAAUCAAGCUCACAAAGAUUGGAUAUGUUCUAUGAGCUUUCUUCCAAGUGGAAAUGCAUUGCUGAGUAGUUGUCGUGGUGGCUAUGUAAAACUGUGGGCAUCUGAUAGUUGUCAUUUACUUGGAGAAAUUCGAGCACAUAAUGCUCCCAUUAAUUCCCUUGCUACUAAUUCCAGUUCUAUUUUCACUGCUUCAAAGACUGGAGGUACAAUGUCUGGUUCUUUCCAAACUAAAACAUGUGUCACUCCUGGAUAA